AUGAACCGCUCGAGCGAGGCCGAUGUCGGGCCGCUGGCAUUGGAUGGCUCGGCCGAUGAUGAGCAGAUCCGCCUGCGCGAGAUCGCCGAGCACCAGGCCCUCAUCGCCCGGGUCAAGGCCUUGCGCGCGGAGAAGGAGCUCCGGGACAAGGCCCAGGAGGCCGCGCGCGCGCGUGUCCACGCCGCCGCCGCCGCCGCCCAGGAGGCCGCCGAGGCCACCGCCUGA